CUCCAGGUGGAACAGCCUCAGAGACUGACCUCACCUGCUGACCACACAGACCCAUCAUCUCCUGGAGAACAUGAAGUCCCUCACUUUGUGCCUGAUCCUCGUCCUCGCCCUGCUCUUCCAACAAGGACUCGGCGCCAGUGUGAGAGGGAGCGAGAUAAUGAAUUCUGGAGACCGUCUCGCCCUGAGCCAGACAGAGGCGUCCGAAGUACAGGGCUCUGCUGUCCGGAGCAGGCGUCACAUUGGUGGACUCUCCUUUUGUAUGUACUGCUGUAAAUGCUGCCGUAAUAAAGGCUGCGGAUACUGCUGCCGGACAUAGAUCGGACGCCCCCCUGGAUUGACCCGGACCCUCAGGCCACAAGACCCGAUGAGAUCCUGGCCUUAGUACAGACAUAGCAGAGCUUAGGUUGUCAUAUCCAGAACUCCUUGCAAUUAAACCAUGGGUUACACAGUCAGCUCUGCUACACCUGUUACCUCAUGCUUUAUACACAGAUAUGCAUAAUAAGGAAUAUCUGAGCCCCCCCACCCCCCCUUGUAUAUAGAUGUAUUUAUGUGUGUAUAUAUUGUACUGCUUCCUAGUGUCUGUAUCCUUAGAUUUUUAUACAGCUAAUAAAGGUGAUGUUUGUUA